AUGUCCUUCUCUGCGCCUCAAAAUGUCCCUCCGUUCACAAGUACCCAGCGAGCACCCGAAGACACAUACUGGCGGCAGAAGCAAGGUAAUGGCCACGCAGCAGGCGGACCUAUGGGAGGAGUCACAGCCAAGAUUCAUGACAUUUUCGGAGAGAACCAGGACCUUCCAAUGUACAAGGACAAGCCGCAUUUCCCUUCGAGUCGGAGGAGGCCGGUGCUCCAGCGCAAGAGAGCCCUUGGUUCGGUCGGAGUCGUGAUACUCCUGUUUCUGUGGUGGAUGGGCUGGUUACCUUGGACUUCUUCUCCCGUCUACAAUCCCGCCGAACACCAGCAUGUCUUCUUCCACCAAGAAGAUUGGGCGGAACAGAGAGAGGCCGUCAAGAGCGUCUUCAAGACAUCUUGGGCCGGUUAUGAAAAAUACGCCUGGGGAAUGGACGAGUACCAUCCUCUGAGCAGGAAAGGGAAAAACAUGGUGGAAGGAGGAAUGGGUUGGAUCAUCGUCGAUGCGCUCGACACGGCCAUGAUGAUGAACCUAACUUCCGAAGUGGCCAAAGCAAGGGAAUGGAUGUCUACGUCGUUAUCAUACACUGCCAGUCACGACGUCAGCACGUUUGAGACCACCAUCCGAAUGCUUGGGGGUCUGCUGUCGGCGUAUUACAUUUCCACAAGUUUCCCACACCUUGCGCCUCAACAUGACGACGAUGUGAAUCAGCCGGGAGAAGAUCUGUAUAUCGAGAAGGCGACGGACCUCGCAGAUCGUCUCCUAGGUGCGUACGACUCUCCUUCGGGCAUCCCAUAUGCCUCUGUCAACCUCAAUACUUCCCACGGCCUCAUUUCACAUCUUGACGGCGGAGCUUCAUCCACCGCCGAGGCAGCCACUCUGCAGCUGGAAAUGAAAUAUCUCUCCAAGAUCACCGGCGAGCUGGUCUAUUGGCAGCGAGCAGAAAAUAUUCUCAAGGUCAUCGACCAACAGAAGCGGGAAGACGGCCUGGUCCCGAUAUUCAUCUACCCAGCCAACGGUGAAUUUCGCGGCGAUAACAUCAGACUCGGAUCUCGUGGCGACAGCUACUACGAAUACCUCAUCAAACAGUACCUACAGACGGGGGGCGUGGAGAACGUUUAUUUGGAUAUGUGGGAGGAGGCCCUCGAAGGAGUGAAGAAGCAUCUGAUCACCUACUCCAAGCGUGCCUCCUUGACCGUCCUGGCUGAGAGGCAGAAUGGCCUCAGCAUGCCUUUGACGGCCAAGAUGGACCACCUGGUGUGCUUUAUGCCAGGAACAAUAGCACUGGCCGUCACCGGCGGCCAGUCCGUCGAAGAAGCCAAAGCCAGGCUGGGAAGUGGUUGGACAAAGAAGCAUGACGAAAACCUCAAGCUCGCGGAAGAAUUGAUGAAGACCUGCUGGGGCAUGUACAAGGUCACGCCCACGGGCCUUGCUCCGGAGAUCGCAUACUUCCGCACCGACACGCCCCCGCGACAGUGGAAGGGGCAUCUAGAUCCAGAAUGGUCCCCUCCUGAAUCUAGUCCACUGUCAGACGAUCCCGACGGCGACUGGAGAAGCGACUAUGACAUCCACUCCAACGACGUGCAUAACCUCCAACGGCCGGAGACUGUGGAGUCGCUGUUUUACAUGUAUCGCAUCACCAGGGAUCAGAAGUAUCGGCAAUGGGGAUGGGAGAUGUUUGAGGCCUUCCGGGAGCACACCAAAGUCGUUGAUGAGGUCACCGGCACAAUCUACGCCUACACUUCUCUGGACACGGUCAUGGAAAACCCCGUCAAAGCGCGCAAAAAGCGGGACAAUAUGGAGAGCUUCUGGUUGGCGGAAACGCUGAAGUACUUCUACCUCCUCUUCUCCGACGACGACUUCUUCCCACUUGACGGGGUCGUGUUCAAUACCGAGGCCCAUCCAUUCCCGAAGUUUGACAUCAGCGGGAGUAAAGUGUUCAAGACGGGAUGGGAGAGGAGUAAGGAUCUUCGUCCAAGCGCCAAACCCGGAGAACGCGGCGGUGGUGGCAAACGGAAAGACGAGUUCGUCGAGACGGAAGGAGUCCGUGUGGGAGACGGGGUCAGAUUCGACGAGACAGGGAAGCGGAUCCCGGCCGAAGCGGAACAGGCAGCUGAAAAUCAACCUCCUGUCCUUGGCCAUGAUCACGAACACGACGACGACGUUGAGCACGGCCACAUCGAGGAAAGCGGCAAGGGAAUACCUGUUGCGGACCACUCCAGUCUCGAAGACGUGCAGGACGGGCUAAUCUAG